AUGUUUGGUUCAGAGCGGGUGGAGCUGAUGCGGGCGGAGAUCGAGAGGCUCGUGGAGCAGAACGUGGUGUUGAAGAAGUGCACAUCAUUAAACACAUCUGCCUCACGCUGCGUUUGUGGGCUUCUCGUGGGUCUCCCGCCCUCCCCCUUUCUGCCUCAAGUCACUGAAUCUGAUUCCCUCUCCUCUCUCUCUCUCUCUCUCCAAGCGGCGACGACAGGGGAGUGGCGCCGCCCUUGCAAGUUCUUCGUCGGACGCUUCGCCGGGCGACAAGCUGGUCUGAGCAUCGUUAAGUACAGUAUGUCGGAGAAACCAUCUGAUGCUGCAACUGGUGAUGUGAGGCCUGAAGGAAUUGUUUCUGAUGAGAAAGUGGAAGGUUCUGAUCAGAAUGAAAGAGAUGGUAUGCCUUCGCCACAACAAGAGGAAGCAGCGAUCAAGAAAAAGUAUGGAGGGAUAAUGCCCAGAAAGACACCACUUAUUUCCAAGGACCAUGAGCGAGCGUACUUUGAUUCUGCUGAUUGGGCUUUGGGGAAGCAAGGAGGAAAUCCUCAAAAACCUAAAGGACCGCUCGAAGCACUUCGACCAAAAUUACAGCGCCCGCAGCUCCCCCAGCGCCAGGACGAGGAGGUGGAGGCGCGCCGCCGCCUGGCCGAGAAGGAGCGCGCCCGCCGGGACCGCCACUUCCAGAACAACCGCUCACACCACCACCCCGGCUUCCGGGGCAACCAGUCCUCGUCGUCGGCCAAGCCCUCCGUCGACAUCCAGCCCGACUGGACCAUGCGUGAGCAGAUCCCCUUCGCCAACUUCACCAAGCUCUCCUUCUCCGUCGCCGACCAGCCCGAGGACCUCCUCCUCUGCGGCGCUGUCGAGUUCUACGACCGCGCCUAUGACCGCGUCAACCCCAAGGCCCCGCGCCGUCUCGAGCGGUUCAAGUCCCGCAACUUCUUCAAGGUCACCACCACCGACGAUCCUGUCAUCCGCCGCCUCGCCGAGGAGGACAAAGCCACGGUGUUCGCCACUGAUGCCAUCCUCGCCGCGCUCAUGUGCACGCCGCGCAGCAUCCAAUCAUGGGACAUUGUCGUCCAGCGCGUGGGCAACAAACUCUUCUUUGACAAGCGUGAUGGCUCCCAGCUUGACCUGCUCACAGUCAAUGAGACUGCACAGGAGCAGCUCCCUGAGAACAAGGAGGACAUCAACUCAGCGCACUCACUCGCUGUUGAGGCCACCUACAUCAACCAGAACUUCUCGCAGCAGGUGUUGCACCGUGAAGGUGAGAAGGUUACCUUUGAUGAGCCUAACCCUUUUGCUUCUGCGGGUGAGGAGGCAGCAUCUGUUGGCUACCAAUAUCGCCGCUGGAAGCUGGAUGAUGAGAUCAGCCUUGUUGCUCGUUGUGAGGUGCAUGCUGUCAAUGCUGAUCCAAGUGGUGGUCGCCAGUUCCUUACGCUCAAUGCUCUCAAUGAGUUUGAUCCUAAGAUUACUGGUGUUGACUGGAGGCAGAAGCUUGAGACCCAGCGUGGGGCUGUCCUUGCUACAGAGCUCAAGAACAAUGCGAACAAACUUGCUCGCUGGACUGCCCAGGCUUUGCUUUCUGGUGCUGACAUGAUGAAGUUGGGCUAUGUGUCACGUGUGCAUCCACGCGAUCACUACAACCAUUCUGUACUCACUGUAAUGGGGUACAAGCCAAGGGAUUUUGCUGCACAGAUCAACCUCAAUACUGCUAACAUGUGGGGAAUCGUCAAGUCAAUUGUGGACAUUUGCAUGAAGUUUGAAGAGGGCAAGUAUGUGUUUGUGAAAGAUCCAGCAAAGCCACAGGUUAGGAUCUAUGAGGUGCCCUCUGAUGCAUUCGAGAAUGAUUAUGUUGAAGAGCCACUUCCAGAGGAGGAGCAGGUUCGCCCGCUUGCAGAUGUUGAUGCCACGGCACAAGAAAUGGAUGCAGCCGCUGAGGCAGAGGCCAAUGGUGCAUUGGUUGCUAACAGUGGUGAGGAUGAUAAGGUUGCAGAGGCUACUGCUGCUUGAAGGGCAUAAAAGGCUUCCCUGUUUCCUUCGCAAGAUAGGUCUUUCUUUUGGCUAAUUAUCUGUUUUGAUGGAUACCUUGAUGAGUUGAACUUCCGGUUAUUGAUACAUUGUCUCGUUUUGGUCAUUGAGGAUACUCUUGCUCGCAUUUUACAUGCUUAGGCAUGUAAGUUUUGUUAGCACCUAUCAGUUGAAAUUGAGUAACUAUGCUGGUAGUUUAAUCUUUUAUGCUGCCGCUUAUCAGUGUUUGAGCCAUGGUCUACCUGAAUAUCUGCAUGUUGAGCUGA